AUGCCUCAAACCAUUCUCGACGUUCUAGUGAAGCCGAAUCCUAGCCUGGACUCGCGCUCCGUUCCUGCUGGUUCGAACACAUAUGGUAACGAUUGGAUACCAGUGACGGACUGGCAACCGUGGGUGGACUUCACUUACGACAAUUUGCUGUCCAUCUUCCGGCAGCCGCUCAAUUCAACCUGGAGAGCCCCUCCCCCAACUGUUGAUAUGACUGCUGGUUUCGACUCACAUAUCUGUGACGAGAGAAGUUUAGACUUCUUCUUAGUCAAGUAUAUGUGGCCCUAUGUCAAUGCAGCACUCAGGGAAGCCAACUAUAUCCUUGAAUGGGGAAGGGAAGCGUUUUACCUCGGUACAGGAAGCUGGUGCCAUGGCGACGGUUCGCCAGACUGGUCCUUGGUGUCCAGCCUGAGGAAGUCCGAGGGGAGGUUCUGGAACUUGCUCCCGGGAGACACGAAGCUCUCAGCUAAAUGGAGGCCAGACAUGGAACAGUCACCCAAUGCGACCGAGCGACAGCAGUGGACAUUGCCUUUGUCUCAAGUCAACACAUACGCCGCCGAGAGCGCAUGUCGCUAUGGCUUCAUCAUAACAGACGAAGAGCUCGUGGUGUUACGCUUCACAAGAGAAAGAGUUGGCGAUGGACUGGCUUCAGCCCGCUCAACUAGGGGAACCCACCAGCGGUACGCAUCUGGCGAUACUGAUUUAUCUUCUGUCAUGGAAUCCAUGUCCCUCGACUCUUUUGGCGCCCAAUCCUAUGCCGAAGACGAUUUGGCGAAUGCUGCAAAUUCUGAGUUUCUGCCUCCAGAGUUCGCUAUCAUACCUCAAGGCGCACACGGCAGGGGCCGGCUUACUGUGAAGUUAUCUCUUUUCUGUUUGUGCCUCAUGGCAGCUGGCGAAAAUGGCAGGGUCGGCUAUGACUACCCUCCUUUGGAUAGCUGGAGGCAGGAGAGCCGGCACAGGUUCGUCCACAAUACGUCCGGCCGGGUUGCGACAAUAUUGCCAGCCAAUGCAACACUUUGCGGCCUCCAAGAACCUCAGCAGGAGCCUCAGCAGGACUCGACCAGCGCAGGUCCCUCCAACUAUCCCGCGAGCGAAACUGAAGAUGCAGAGACAGGACGAGACAUGCAAACCAAUCCAUCUGCUCAUUCCGAGUCGACGCGUAAGGCUACUCGAGUCGAAGUGAAAAAAAGAGAUGGUUUGUUCUGCUUCUACGACAAGAAAAAGAAGCUAAGGAAGACGAGGAGGUCGGAAUGGACCCGCAACCAGGAUCCCCAUGGUUGGAUAUAUCAAGGAGAGAAGUACGUUUAUUUCACGGAACAUCUACCGUGA